AUUUAAAAAAAAAAUCCCUCCUUUUAACAUCUACAAACAACAAAUAAAUAGUGACAUUUAAUUAACAACAAAAUUAAUAAAUAUCUAAAGUAAAACAACCACUAAGGAUUACUGGAAAAAGAAAAACAAUUAAUGCUUAAUUGCGCUAAAAGAAAAAGACACACAACGCAAAAAUUCACAGAGCUGUGGGCAUAAAAAUAGCAAUUAUACUUGUAUAACGGGCAUCCGCUGAGUUUUUGGCUAAAAAAAAAUAUAAAAACCAAACAAAGUUUAAGCCAAACGCUAAUAAUUGUGUUUGGUUAGAGAAAGACAGCGAGCUGUGUGAAAAGAAGACGAAGUAUUUAAUAGCUGCAGGAAGAACAUCAGCAAGAUUGAGUGCAUCAGCAUUAUUAAGAAUUAUAGGUGCUCUGGCUUUAAAUUUAACAUUAGAGUCGGAUAAAGAAACAAUUUUAUUUAAAGAGCCGGAAUAUACCGUAUCCAUGCUAUCGGUACAGACAGCCGGCUGCGCGGGAAUGGAGCGGCUUGGCGUUCCAACCCGCACCUCUUUAAACACACCGCCCGAUGAUAGGGGCCAAUACAUUUGUAGAAUGCGUUUAGAUGCAGCAAGAGAACUUUUAGCAGUACGUAGCGAAACUGUGAUUCGUGGCAGUAGCAGUAGCAGCAGCAGCAGCACUAAUAAUACUAAUAGUAAAAACAAUAGCAAUAUAAGUAACAAUCAACUACAACAAACACAACAGCAACAGCAACAACAAAAUCAUCACACAAAUAAAAUACAUUCCCACCAUCAUCAUCAUCAGCAACAACAACAGCAGCAGCAACAAUAUCAUCACAACUACAGUUUGAAUAACUAUCAACGUAUGACGACAACACCAAAUAAUAGCAGCAGUAGUUGUAACACAGCAGCAACAUCAACAAGUGGCAACCAUAGUAUUAGCAGCAGCGGUCUCAACAAUAAUAACGCCAACCACACCAGCAGCAUUAGCCAGCAGCACAACAACAACAGUUUUUCCUCAAUGACCAACAAUAGUGAUGGCAGCAGUAGCCUUAGCAGCAGUAGUGGUAGUAGCAGCAGUGUUGCCCGUGGCGGUAUAGAGGCCACCACCUUGAAAUAUGGCAAUACGGCCAGUGGGAGUGGUGGCAAUGGCAGCAGCAACAUUAGCAGUUCUUGCGGCAGUAGUGGUUCAUGCAGUUUGGCCUGUUCGGUGAGUUCGCAUAGUCACGAUCAUCAUCAGCACUAUCAAUAUCUGCCACAACAGCAGCAGACUUUAUGCUGUCCGCAUCAUGUGCCGCUGCCCGACAGUGAGUGGACACCCUCGGAACGUUACAGUGCUCCGCUUAGAACCAGUUAUCAACAAUCGGAAAUAACACGCUCCUAUAUCAAGCCACCACCCAAUAAAACAAUUAAAGAUGUUCCAGAUCAUUCCUUGGCCGCCGGCCUUUAUUUGGCCAGCAAUUAUUCUAGCACUAGCAGUAGUUCAUCCAGCUUACAUCAUCAUCAUCACCACCAGCAGCAACAGCAGCAACAACCAAAAUCAAAACCUAAUGUGAUAACAAAAUUCUUUUAUCGAAAAAGUUCACCAAAAUCUCCAAACAAUCUAACGUCGGGUUCUUCGUCAGCUUCACUAUCGUCCUCAUCCGGCUCCUCAUUAUGCUCAUCACUGUCAUCGGCCUCUACGUCGUCAUCGUCUUCGGGCUCCUCAUUAGCUUUAGGCAGUAAUACGUCCUUAUUGUGCAACACCACAGCCUCGGUAACAUCACUAACAACGGCACCACUUAACACGCUACCCAUAUCAACGGCCUCAACGCUAAAGACCACGCUCUGCAAUUACGGUCCAACACAAUUGCCACACUCAAACUCAGGGACAUCAAGCAAUAAUAUAUCGGCUGGUCUAGUACCCAGUACCCAGCUAUUAACCACAAUCGGGGUAGCAACCCCAACGGCAACCACAACAUUCCCUCAAACAUCGACUACACAACAACAACAUAUGGAACGCAUACCAACACCACCCUUAUCGGUGUCGGUGCCCAUAGCCUCAUAUCAUCCUCCACAACAACAACAUCAACAGAAACAACAGCUCCACCAACAACUACUAUUGGACAGUUUGGUGGGCGACACUUCAGUUUCCGCUUCCAGUACUCUACAGACUCUCAAGAGUAGUUCAUGCAGUCCCACAUUGGCUGUCUCUGCGUCUGUUUGCUCGAAAGACGAACUCGUCCAUAUGGAAUGUCAAUCGGGCAAUAUAACGCGUAACAAUAGUAAUACAAGUAUGAAAAGUCUAUCGGCAUCAGCGUGCAAUUGUCAUAAUAGUAAUUGUAAGCACUGCAAUACGUAGUAAAGAGAUGCACGAGUAAACUGUGUGUUUUUUUUAGAUUAAAAAGGUUUGGAAUGUGG